AUGGCAGUCCUUUUUGCAAGCGCUAUUGUUGUUCUAUUGGUCGCGUUCCACAUCACCGUGAUCGGAGUGCAAGUCAAGGGCCAUGCCCAUACGCUGGCCACCGUGUUCCAGAAGGUGCACACUUUCUUUCUGCCGCUUCGGGAUCCGAGGUUGGAUAACAAGUUCGAAGAGCUGACAAUAACACUUUAUUCCUGGGCCGCACGAACCUUUAUUCAUGCUGAGAUGUGUAUCUUGGCCACGCUUCUGUUCUAUGCCUGCUUAGCUCCAACCCUGUGCUCCGUGUCACGGGUGCUACUUUUCGGCCUUGUCUAUGCGAACAGUUUGGAGAUCAUUUGGAAGAGAUCCCAUCUGACCCUCUGGAGGACACGAACGAUGUAUUUUUCAGUGAUGGCAAUUAUCUUUGUUCGCUCUUUGCUCGCAGCUUGGAGCGAUGUUCAACACAGUGGCUUCGACCAGCUGGACUUGGUGAUUGCAAUUGGUUGUGGAGUGGCCUCCCUAUCUUGCAGGAUUGCCGUCCUUCCCUUGGUCAUGGUUUUUAUUGCUGACACGUGGAGCCAAAGCAUGGUUCAUGGCUCCAGCUUGUUCGACACCCUCCUUACCAAUGGUCAGCGGUGCUUGUGUACAAUAUCUCUCGUCGUACUAGUCGAACAGCUGGCUCGAGUUAUGAUUGUGUCUGAACUUGACGCGCACGAAGCUCUGGAGGCCUUCAGAGGUAUCGUUCGAUGGUCGAUGGAUGCAGACGUGAUGCUUGAUAGCCAGUUCCAGAUCCGAGACCGACCAACGAGAUUGGAGUUGCUUCUUCACCGCCAGGAUGAAAUGACGGGGAUGUCCUUUCUGGAUUUGCUUUCAGACGACACCGCCGCCCAUGAGUUCCUCAACCUAGGCCAAAAGAGCAUCGAACAAGCCACCUCUGACAAGAAGGUCGCCCCAGUAGCUCGCUUGGGCUUGAAACGGGAAACUGGUGGCCUGGUUCGAGGGGACAUUUGCAUGGUCCAUAUUCCUGACAGGUUGGGGCAGGGAAGUCGCUACCUUCUUGGCUUCGUCGAAGACCCCGAAGCCUCCGGCGUGCAGCCCUGCGAUGCGCGCCUCUCUGUGGACCGGGCGGCAGUUGCAAAGUCAGCGCGCCGUUUUCGCUUGGCUUCCUCUGCCUCGGCAUCUUCUUCACAAAGCAACAAGAAGGACCCUCCGAUUUCGCUAACAUCUUGCCGGGAGAUUGUCGACGUCAGCUUAUUCCUGGAUGGGCAGACCGAGUGGUUCGACAUCAAGGAGGCCAGGAUGCGGUUUACACGGUUCGAAGACCGAGAAUCGGGGAUGCCGACUCUCAAGCACGUGGUGCUUCCGUCGGAGUGGCAGUCAACAUUGCCCGAAUUGCAGCAGGCUGUGUGGAGCACGCUCGGUCCGGAUAUGGGGUUCGUCCCACAGGGCCUUGGUCCUUUGCAUCUUCGCAUGCCAGGGAUCCUGGCAGAGGGAAAUGAUGGAGACUUGUCUCUUUUUGCCAGAAGCUCGCAGCUAAGACUCGUGCAGGGGGCCAACAUCAACCAAACUCAAGACGGAUGGAACCUCUCGGUGCAGCCCGUCUAUCUCUGCCUGCAGCUCUACAACUUCGCGCAGCUGGACCAUCGCGGCCGCCCUGUAGAGCUUGGGGCCGUUUCUGAGUUCAGCUCCAUGCAGUCAGAAGAGCCGGGGCAUUGA